CUUAAUGUUUUCUAAUGCGCUGGUCCUUAGGUAAGUGUCGUGGGCUUCGUACCGCCAGGAAGCUGCGCAGUCACCGCCGGGAUCAGAAGUGGCAUGACAAGCAGUAUAAGAAGGCUCACCUGGGCACAGCUCUGAAGGCCAACCCCUUUGGGGGAGCUUCCCAUGCAAAAGGAAUAGUCCUGGAAAAAGUUGGUGUCGAGGCUAAGCAGCCAAAUUCUGCCAUCAGGAAGUGUGUCAGAGUCCAGCUCAUCAAGAACGGCAAGAAAAUAACAGCCUUUGUUCCUAAUGACGGUUGUUUGAACUUCAUUGAGGAGAAUGACGAGGUUCUGGUAGCUGGCUUUGGUCGCAAGGGUCAUGCUGUUGGCGACAUUCCUGGAGUUCGUUUCAAGGUCGUCAAAGUAGCAAAUGUUUCCCUGUUAGCCUUGUACAAAGGCAAGAAGGAGCGACCAAGAUCAUAAAACUGUUUGAAUCUUUAAGAUGGUCAAUAAAGUUUUCUCAUAAAU